GGAGGGGGGGCUCGUCUGGGAUUGAGUGUCCUCUGUCAGCUGACCAGGUGCUGAGAGCCUGGGCGGAUAAGAACCAGGGGUGGUUGGGUAGAUCAGAGGGGGGCAGUAGAUCGUUGGGAACCCAGGCAGAGAGGGAUCAGAGGUCUUUGGGGGCCCAGGCAGAGAGAGACCGACAGGCCUUUGGUCUACAGCUAAGGAGCAAAGGGCAGGUUUCAUCACCAGUGAAAGGAGCUGGGAGCAGUCACCCACGUGGUGCCCAGUGUUACCCUUCUGACGCUGCUGCAGCCCCACCCCUGUGCUCCUGAGGUGAGGCAGCGCUCCCCCAGCCUCCUGUCACCCCUGCUGCUGAGCCGGACGGCCCACACGUUCUUGGCACGCGGUUAGCCUGCCCAUCCAACUGCGGAUACGAGGGGCGGGGGGGGCGUCCCCUGAAUAGGGAAACAUGGCGAGCUCCGACGUCCUGGAAUACAACGAUAUCUACCAGGAGCUGAAAGGAAUAAUGAUUGACGGCCGUCUGCGACUCAGCCACCACACCAUCGUCUUUAAGAACAGCAAGACUGGGAAAGUGGACAGUGUACAAGCCUCAGAUGUCAGUGAUGGAGUGUGGCGUCGAGUGGCCAGGGGCUACGGCAUCAGGCUACAACUGAAAAACGGCAACCUCUGCAAGUUUGAUGGAUUCCGGGAAGGG